GGGCAAUAUUGUUUCAGUGUUUCAUAUACAAUCGACAUAGAGCGGAGACCGCGAUACCAGCAAGUAACCAGUCCACUUCAAAUGAGAACUAUGCUCCAUUUUUACAUCAAAGGCAUGACGUAUCAACAAACGACAUUGUUUCACGUUUUUCGGGGAAUCACAGUCUCCCAAGUACCCAGAUAGCACUCUACAGACUGCUUUUUAAGCGGCCGCCCCUUACAUUCAAGACCACUGGCACAGUAAACUUCGCUGAGCACACUCUGAGGCUUUGGACGUACAGAAAAGAUGUUGUUCAGUGUGGUCUUCCUUGGGUUCCUUGCCACUGGUGCUCUCGCCGGUUCGAAAUAUGAAGCCAAUUCCUAUAUAGACACCGUGCUGCGCAAUUAUCUCCCAAACAACGUUCGCAAUCUGAAACUGGACCCUGCCAGUCUACCGGAGUUUCAGGUUAAACUUGCGGGGAAGAACUUGCUGAAGACCUUCAAAGCCAAACUUAAACACGGACAACUGAACGGCCUUUCUCAUGUCGUCAAGCGCCGUGGUGACUGCUCUGCCACUGGGUGGCAGGGAAGGAAUGUCACCCUUGGGUGCUGGCUUGCGCUGGAUGGAUUGAGGAGCCACUUCGAUGUUUCGUCCAAAGGCGAUUCUUUUUUCGACAGCAAAAAGAAGUACGCGGUUGACUUGGUUGUCAACAACACCAACUUCUUCGUCGAAGUCACUCAGCAAAAGCCUAGGUUGCCGUCUGUGAAGACGUUGACUGUCGCCAAUAUCUCCUUCAACCUGACCGCCUCCAAGACUCUUGACCUGAAUAGUCAGCGAUGGAAGCAACUGGAGGCAUCAGUAAAAGAAGUCGUCCAGGGAGGCGUCCGCGACCUCUUGUACGGCCCCUUCAGGAAGGCAUUGGAGCUCUCUGUUAAGACACUUCAACUGCCGACGCCUUGAAAAGUUUCUUUUCAAUAAACACCUUCAAACAAG